AUGGAUUACGAAGCACGUUUGAACAAGGAAUAUAUGCUUCACUGCCUCAAUAUUCUUGCACAUUUUGAUGGCGUUAAUCUUCCAGCUGGUGUUACAGAAAUUAAAGCUGCUGGCGGACAAAAUGAAAAAUUACCAGUUUAUUUUAUUGCUUCAGAAGGUAAUGAUUAUUUCGUAUGCACCCGUGGAGCUACAGAUGCUAAUGAUUUUGAAAUUGUUCUCGAAAUCGAUCUUGUUCCUUUCUUAAAUGGAAAAGCUCACAAGGGAAUUUUAGACGCUGCACGCAAAAUUGUAGAAGACAAUGAGGAAAUUCUUAAACAAUGCAAAGGCCAAAUCCAUGUUAUUGGUCAUUCUCUUGGUGCUGCAACAUCAAUUGGUGUUUCCACCGUUUUAAGACUCGAAAAGCAUUACACGAAUGUUGAUUGCUACAAUUUCGCACAGUUCCCAGUAUUUUCAAAGGAAAUUGCUGACCAAACCCGUGAUUGGAUGACUUCAGUAAUUUAUGGUGAAGAUAUUGUACCAAAGGUUACAAAUAAGAAUGUAUCCAUGCCUCUUAAUGCUAUGGCUCCACCAGGACCAAAUCAAGCCCAGGCAAUUCAAGGAUUAAAGUCUACAAUUGCAGGAAUGAUGCAAAACAUCGUUGCUGGCCAAGGUGUUACAGACAAACAGCAAUUGAAUAAUGUUGCUGCUGUUUUAGAUGUCAAACUUGACAAAUUAGUUGAAAUGGCUACAAACGUUGAUCCACAAUCACCAACACUUAGCGGAACUCUUCUUCAUGUAGUCCAGAGAACAGAUUAUUGGACAGGUGUUACAUCAUAUCAUGUUAUUCCGUAUGAUGAAAAUAUGGGAAUUAAUUUCUUCGGAUUGAUGAUUGGUGUUCAGCAGCAUUACAUUAAAUUUUACUCACAAGUAUUGCACAAAGCAUAUGAUAAGCAAGAAGCUCCUGCUGCAAAGGAACCAACAGCCGGACUCGAUUUAGACUAA